AUGCCCGCUGCUCGCAUCAACACGCCCAUCGCUGCGGUGGCGUGCAAGGACUUGCGAGAGAUUCGCGUCUAUUACGUUACUGUGGCUAGCAGGGUGCAGGAGAUUUGCCACACCCAGGGCAAAGGUUGGGUCAAAGGCGCGGUCUUGGGCACCGCAGCCGAGAACAGCUCCUGCUUGUACGCGCAAGGGCGACUCACCAAGGAGGCUUCGAUCAGGGUCGGGUUCCAGUGUUCCUCUGCUCCCCAGACUAUCACAGAAGCUUGUUACCAUGAGCACCAGGGAUGGAAGAACCGUGUCUUGUAAAUUGGGAGAGCAUGUUAGCGUACAUAGCCUCGCAUGCUAAGGAUGUGAUCAGGUUACCAGCUUUCUAUCAGUGCAAAGUUGUAUGUUGUACGUUAUAUGUAUGUAGGCUUGUAAUGUUGAAGACGUUAUAAGUAUGACCAUUGACCACAGCAGGACA